AUGGCCACUGUUUUGAACUGUGCCAGGGGCUUGCCCCUAUUUGCCUCGAUAGUUAUCGCCGCGGCAAAUUAUCCUGCUAUUCCUUCUGACAAGACAACUCCGGUGCAGCAACGCCUGGCUAUUAGCGGCGCCAACUCCAUCUCAGUUGGGUGGAACACGUUUGAGCAGCUGGCCCAGCCAUGCGUCCAGUAUGGAACAAGUAGCAGCAAUCUCGACCUCGAGCAAUGCUCAGACAUCUCUGUGACUUACAACACGUCCCGGACCUGGUCCAAUACUGUCAUUCUCAGUGGCCUGACCGCAGGCCAAACCUAUUACUACAAGAUUGUCUCCACCAACUCGACCGUUGAGAGUUUUAUGAGCCCACGGGCUCCAGGUGAUAAGACUCCCUUUACGACAAGUGUUGUCAUUGAUCUUGGGGUCUACGGGACAAAUGGUUAUACUAUCCAGGGCGAUACUACCAAGCGGGACACAAUUCCUACAAUAGAUCCUGCCCUAAACCAUACGACCAUAGGGCGCCUGGCCGAGAACUUCAACGAUUAUGAAUGGGUUAUGCAUCCUGGCGAUCUGGCGUAUGCCGAUGAUUGGAUCCUCAACAUCGAUAACCUACUUGACGGCGCCAACACGUACGAGGCUAUAACUGAGAAUUUCUAUAACCAGCUGUCUCCUAUCGCCAGCCGAAAGCCGUACAUGGCGAGCCCUGGUAACCAUGAGGCGGACUGUGCCGAAGUUGGCACGCUGAUCAUUGAAACAAUCUGUCCUGAAGGGCAGAAAAACUUCACGGAUUUCAAUGUGCGCUUCGGUAAGAACAUGCCGAGCGCGUUCUCGUCUACGUCGUCAGAUGCCACCGCCAAGGUCAACGCCAAUAAGGCAAAGUUGCUCGCCAACCCGCCAUUCUGGUACUCGUUUGAGUAUGGUAUGGUCCAUGUCACAAUGAUCGACACCGAGACCGACUUCCCAAACGCCCCAGACCUGCCUUUCGGUUCUGCUAGUCUAGAUGGUGGGCCCUUUGGAUACACAGGCCAGCAGCUCGAUUUUCUGAAAGCGGACUUGGCUUCAGUCGAUCGCACCGUGACCCCUUGGGUCAUUGUCGGCGGCCACCGCCCGUGGUACUCGACAGGCGGGAGUGACAACCUCUGCACCGCAUGCCAGGCGGCAUUUGAGUCGGUGUUCUACCAGUACGGCGUCGAUCUGGGCGUUUUCGGGCACGUCCAUAACUCCCAACGCUUUGCGCCGGUGAACAACAGCGUCGUCGACCCGGCGGGAUUGAACGAUCCCAAGAGCCCAAUGUACAUCGUCGCAGGAGGGGCGGGUAAUAUUGAAGGACUCAGCUCGGUUGGGACGAAUAUCUCAUCGAACCGAUUCGCUUAUGCUGAUGACUUCAGCUAUGCCACCCUCAGCUUUAAAGAUGAGAACAAUUUGGAGAUUAACUUUAUUCGGUCGUCCACCGGUGAAAUCCUGGACUCGACAACGUUGUACAAGUCGCAUUCAGAACAAUUUGUUGUUCAGUAG